GAAGUCAUCAUCGCAACGAGAGACGACACAAACACAAUCGAACGGUAAAGACGAAGUGAAGUCACAGUCAGCUAGUGUAAUCAAUUUCUACACAAAGAAUCUGCCAAGAUUGCCAAUAACGAUUCGUCGCAGACGAAAAGUGGUGAACGAAAAUGCAAUUGCAUCAACAAUUGCUGAUGGCAUAUCGUCUGUUUGUCCUGAUUUAUCAAGCACUGCCGUAUGA